AUGCUCAGUGUUGGAAACUCUCUGUUGAUGCCCAACCAUGUAAGCUGUUUUGUCCCUCUCUUCCUACACAGGGAGUCACGACGGAAAACUCCUGUGGCUGUUUCCUUGAAAGAAGAUGAGCGUCUCUUCGGGGAUAGCGCUCUAGGAAUGUCCAUAAGGACCCCCAAAGUGGCGUUCAGAUACUUUCAGGAUCUGCUGGGCAAGCACAUGGAUAACCCGCAAGUAGCGCUGUACCAGUCCCGCUUCCCAGAGCAUGAACUGGUGAAGGAUGAGCGGAGACAGACUGUUGUCUUCAAGCUAUCCCAAACAAUGCAGUAUUCUCCAGAGGAGAUGCUGGGAAUGGUCUUGAACUAUUCACGUGGUCUGGCUGAAGAGUUUGCAGAGCAGCCCAUCAAGGACGCAGUGAUCACUGUUCCUGCCUACUUCAACCAGGCAGAGAGGAGGGCGGUUCUGCACGCUGCUCGCAUGGCUGACUUGAAAGUUCUGCAGCUGAUCAACGACAACACUGCUGUGGCGCUCAACUACGGCGUUUUCAGGAGGAAAGACAUCAAUGCCACUGCGCAGACCAUCAUGUUUUAUGACAUGGGAGCAGGAAGCACCACUUGUUCUAUUGUAACUUAUCAGACAGUGAAAACUAAGGACUCGGGAACCCAACCACAAUUGCAAAUCCUCGGUAUUGGGUUUGAUCGGACUCUUGGAGGCCUAGAGAUGGAGCUUCGGCUCCGGGAUUAUUUGGCAAAACUCUUCAAUGAUCAGCAUCCUUCCAAAGACGUCCGAAAGAAUCCCCGGGCCAUGGCCAAGCUACUGAAGGAGGCCAACCGCCUGAAGACUGUCCUGAGCGCAAACGUGGACCACAUGGCCCAGAUUGAGGGACUGCUGGAUGACAUUGACUUCAAGGCCAAGGUUUCAAGACAAGACUUUGAGGAUUUGUGCUCUGACUUGUUCCAGCGAGUCCCAGGACCUGUGCAGCAAGCCUUGAGCAGCGCAGAGAUGGACCUGGGUGGAAUUGACCAGGUGAUUCUAGUUGGCGGUGCCACACGGGUCCCCAAAGUGCAGGAGGUUUUGCUGAAAGCUGUGGGCAAAGAAGAGCUGGGCAAGAACAUCAAUGCGGAUGAGGCUGCUGCCAUGGGGGCAGUCUACCAGGCAGCUGCUUUAAGCAAAGCCUUUAAGGUGAAGCCUUUCGUUGUUCGGGAUGCGGCUGUCUUCCCUAUCCAGGUGGAGUUCACUCGUGAGGUCGAGGAGGAGGAUAAAUCCAAGAGCCUGAAGCACAACAAGAGGAUUCUGUUCCAGCGCAUGGCACCCUAUCCCCAGCGCAAAGUGAUCACCUUCAACCGCUACACGGACGACUUCGAGUUCUACGUCAACUACGGGGACCUGUCCUUCCUGAACCAGGAGGACAUGCGGAUCUUUGGAUCUCUCAAUCUGACUACUGUACGGCUCAAGGGAGUUGGGGACGGCUUCAAGAAGCACUCGGAUUAUGAGUCCAAAGGCAUCAAAGCUCACUUCAACAUGGAUGAGAGUGGAGUACUGAGUCUUGACCGGGUGGAAUCUGUGUUUGAGACAGUGGUGGAAGACAAACUGGAAGAGGAAUCAACACUGACAAAGCUUGGAAACACCAUCUCAAGCCUGUUUGGUGGGGGCGGCCCUACGCCAGAGGCUGGAGAGAACCUGACAGAACCGGUGCAGGAGGAAGAAGAGAGCCCAGCAGAAAGCCCUAAAGAGGAGCAGGGGGAGCAACAGGAGCAGAAGAGCCGUGCAGAAGAUGCUGGUGCGGAGCAGGGAGAGGAGAGACAACAGUCACCACCUCCAAGUGAAGGCAAACCAGAGGCUGCUCCUCCCAAAGCAGAGUCGGGGACAAAGGAAGAGGGAGAGAAAUCGGAGGCUCAGGAUCCCAAAGAGAGCAGAGAGACUGUGAAAGAGGAGGAACCAUCCAAAAGUUCCGGUGACCAGAACACAGCAACCAAAAUGGAGGAAGAAAAGAAGAUCAAAGCCCCCAAGAAGCAGAAGCUCGUGCAUGAGAUCACCAUGGAACUGGAUGUAAACGAUGUGCUUGAUCUGCUGGAGGAUGAACUCCAGAGCUCUGUGAAAAAACUCCAAGAUUUGACCGUCAGGGAUCUGGAGAAACAGGAGAGGGAAAAAUCGGCCAACAGCUUGGAGUCAUUCAUCUUUGAGACACAGGAUAAGCUUUACCAAGAGGAGUAUCAGCUGGUCUCGACAGAGGAGCAGAGGGAAGAAAUCUCCCGAAAGCUGAGCGAAGCCUCCAACUGGAUGGAGGAGGAGGGUUAUGCAGCUGCCACUAAGGAGCUGAAAGACAAGCUUUCAGAGCUGAAAAAGCUUUGCAGGAACCUCUUUUUCCGUGUGGAGGAAAGGAGAAAGUGGCCAGAACGCCUGGCUGCUCUGGACGGUCUGCUCAACCACUCAAGCAUCUUCCUCAAGGGAGCCCGAAUGAUUCCAGAGUCUGACCAGAUAUUCACAGAAGUGGAACUGAGUACACUAGAAAAAACGAUCAAUGAAACGACGCUGUGGAAAAAUGAGACGCUGGCUGAACAGAACAAGCUCUCUCCUGCUGAGAAACCUGUCCUGCUGUCCAAGGAUAUAGAGCUCAAGAUUGCGGCCCUGGACAGGGAAGUGCAGUACCUUCUGAAUAAGGCCAAGUUUGCCAAACCCAAGCCCAGAAAGGAGAAGAACACCACAAAAGCUGAUUCGGGCAAGAAUGCUACAGCAUCAGAGAGCGAGGACACUAUCCCUCCCACGGAGGGGCGACACGAAGAUAAACCUGAGGAUAUCGGUCCAGCCAAGGAACCUCCUACAGCUGAGGAAGUAAGUGAGGAGCCUGCAUCAGACCCAGGGCCCCAAAAGGAGAAGAAAGCAGAAGCUGGAGGAGAAGGCAGGAAAAACGAUGAGUUAUAACACCCCUGAAAUCCCGUCAGUGUCAACAUCUAUUUAUUUGAGGGUUACUUUCUUGUUUUUUAUAAUGGACCUGGCUAGUUACGAUGUAAAAGGCACACAACAAACAGUCUGACAACAACCUGCAAUAGAGAUGUACAUUUUUUUUCUUUUCCCCUGGGGAUGUUGCCGCUACUAACUUAGUGAAUGGUUUUUUAUUUCUCUGUUCUUAUGUGUUUAAAGGUGACCGUGUGCUCACCAACAAUUGUCUCUGUUUCAAUACAGUCUUACUGAAGUCACCAAAGUGACUUUUCUUUAGAGGAAAACAGUGAAAGAAAUGCUGUAAGCUUUAGGAGGGAACUUCAAACAUAGACUCUGUGCCACAGCUCGUCUGGUGGAAGGUCGAGGGAAAUACUCCUGGAAUGUGUUGCUAAGCUGGUGUUGUCUUUCUGUGUGAGGCCCUGGCCUAAAGAAACAGUGCGGUUUCAGCGGGUGCAAAGUGCAUGCACGUUGACUUCAGGGAGGCUGGUGCUCUGCAGUGAAAAAAGGCAUGUAUCUGUUUUCCAUAAGGUGUCGUUACAGUCAUCUCUCUCUGUGCUCUGUAGCAGAGUCUCAAAAGGGUGAAUUGAAAUUUAACCAAGUGAUUCAGUUUAUUGUUCAUUGUAACCUAAAAGCUCAAAAAGUGCAAAGUUGAAUGUUAAGGAGGAUGGAAGAAGCAGCAUCUCGGUGCGUUUUUUCUCUAGUUGGAACAGCCACCACUACUGGACCACAGAGGCAGCACUGGCUUAGAUUAAAAACAAAGGAAAAGUGGCGUGCUGACUACAACUCUCCCCGCUGCAGCCUCUCACGUACUCAGACUGGCUUCCUUGUACAACGUCGUGUCCCUGCUGCGGUCUCUCAGUUCCUUGGGACUGUUCAUGCUGCUAAAGUGCACAAGCGGAGUCGCGACGGACUGUCACGGUCGCUU